AGAUAUAAUUGCGCAGGCAGCCGCAGACUCACAACUGAGAUACUACAUAAUCUGAGCCUUCCGCAGGCGCAGUCUUCGUUCUUCUAUGAUGGCCUUGUCCUUAGCUUUUCUGCUGCUGUCUGCUUUGACGACUUUGACUGCGAUUUGUGCUCAAACCUACACGAUAUCACAGAACCUGAGUGGUUCGAAUUUUUUGUCAGCAUUCGCAUAUAAUGAAAGUGCUGUUGACUACAACAAUUUUGGAAACGUCCAUUUUCUUUCUCAGUCUGACGCUGUCGCCGACAAUUUGACUUACGUCGACAGUAAUGGCCAUGUAAUAAUAAAAGUCGACAAUACUACCGAUGCCAAUGGUGACUCCACAUUUGGACGAAACAGUGUGUACCUUGAGAGCAAUGAGAUGAUGACUAUUGGCAGUCUACUGGUUUUUGAUGCAGUGCACAUUCCCUACGGUUGCUCGGUGUGGCCAUCCCUGUUCACGCAAGGGCAAGACUGGCCAGACAAUGGCGAGAUGGACUUGAUAGAAAAUGUGAAUCUGGCGACAAGCAAUCAGUAUUCCCUCCAUGCAGGUUCGAGCUCGUGUGUCCAAUCUAGCUCUGCGACUUCAAAUCAAACUGGAACAACAACUUCAACAAACUGUACUGUGGUCCCAUCCGAGGAUGAAAACACUGGAUGUGUGGUCGAAGACACACAGACAGAUUCAUUUGGUGCUGGAUUUGCUGAGAACAACGGAGGAGUUUAUGCAGUACUGUGGGAUGAAUCGGGAAUAGCAAUGUGGUUCUUCAACCGGAGUUCUGUUCCCAGUGAUAUCUCAUCGUCCCAGCCUGAUCCAACCUCUUGGUCAACGGCGAGUGCGUGGUAUCCUGCCAGUGGGUGUUCCCCGUCCUCUGUGUUCGGGCCCCAAACUAUUACUUUGUACAUCGACAUUUGUGGAGCCUUUGCUGGAGACACCACAACUUUUGAUGAGACCUGCAGUUCCGUAGCCUCAAACUGCACAUCUCUCGUCCAAACUGCGAGUAAUUAUGACAACGCCUACUGGGAAAUCAACUACUUACGCUUGUUCACUACCGGGACUUCCAAUGACGCUCAUGCGGAGACCGUGUUUUCAUACAAAACCCUUUUAGCGAUCUUAGUGGCCGCCUCCCUAGAACUUUAUAUGUUGCUGUGAUCCUGGUAUGUAGUCGAUCUUCGGACACUUUUGUUUAGCAUUUACUUCAAUACAUACUCGAAUAAUCAUGGCUGUAACGACGAAUUUUCUGCAUCGAACAUGGAGACGAAUUCCUCAAACA